CUCCGGGGAUUCCUUGCAGCGCGAAAGGGCGGUCGCCGCCGUCGCCGCGAUGAUCGUGGCCGCCGCCUUUGCGCCUCACGUUUCUGCGGUACGACACCCUGGGACCGCGCUCCCUUGACUGACUACUAACCAGGUGGUGUGUGGGUGGCCAGAGCUGCUCUGGAUGUGCUUCUUUUUGAAGUUUCUCACGAGGACGGCAGUGAGUAUUGUAGGUUUAUACGUGUACUGUUUGGGUCACGAUAAUGGUUUUGGCUUGAAGGUUGUAUGUGUUGGAGUUGAGGUAAAUAAAAACUUUAAACUCAGCAACGGGUGGGUGUAUAAGUUGGUAGCGAAACCAGAGAAACGGCGAGGCAAAGCGUUGUGGGCAGAAGAAAGUGACGAUGGACCACCUUUGGAGGAGAGAGUACGGAGUACAUACUGCGUACGCACAGAGGAAGGAAAGCCAUGCCGAGAGAAGACAGAUAGAAAGAGACAGAAAGAGUGGUAGAGGGUGUGUGUCCUGUUUACGGCUUUCAUCUCUCACACCCACCACGUCUCUUGAAGCAGAUAGGUACGGAUAGAGGCGAGAGUGACGACGAGAAUGAGAGAGAGAGAAAGAUUGACUGAGA